UUUCAGAUAUGUCAGACACGAACGCGAUAAAGAAUCUGGAUUCGCGGGUUUUCUCAGUCACAUGUCGCCGAUGUAACCACGUGUAUAAUGACGAGGAUCAUCAACCACGUCUGUUACCAUGCCUACAUGACGUAUGCCUGGACUGUCUGUGCGAACUCGUCUUUGAUGAGAUUUUGAAUUGCCCGGAAUGUAAAUCAGCACACGAGACUUCGGAGAAUGACGUCACUCUAUUUCCAAAGGACCCUGUCAAGAUGCGAUACAUUGCAGAGAAUACCCAAACCCAGACAGAAGUCUACUGCGACUUCUGCGAUCAAGAACCGAAGGCAACACAUCGUUGUAUGGAUUGUCUUGAUAAUCUUUGCUCAGAGUGCCUGCAAAUUCAUCAGAAGUACAAGAAGUACCGCGAUCAUGGUAUUGUUUCACUUAAAGAGUAUGCAAAUUUGCAACAACAUUAUGUUAUGUCUUCUUCAAAAUGUAAAGCUCCUGGGCAUUCAAAUGAGCGAUUAAAAUUUUUCUGUAGCAAUAAAAGUUGUGAACGGUGUCUGUGCUCAUUAUGUGUGAUUCCCCACAUUGAAGACAACCACAAAGUAAAAACAAUUGAAAGUGUGUUUGAGACUAGAUUAAAGAAUAUCAAAACCAUAGAGGCAGUUUUGCAGCAUCAAAGUGAUGGUGUUGAUGACACCAUAACGUUGAUUAGGGACGAAAUCAGCAACGUGGAUCGACUUAGCGAGGAAGCUCUGGGGGACGCCGACUUUACGUUUAAUCUCCUGAUGAAGCAACUUGAAAGAAGAAAGUCCGAAGUGAAAACAUUCAUCCAAUCAAAACAAAAGAAUAAAAGGGCACUCCUAAUGGAACAAGAAAGGAAAUUCCAGAUGCAUAAAAACGUUAUAGAGGAUGGCAGAAGUUACCUUAAAAAUAUAUUGGAGAGUGGAAAUAAACCAGAAUUUAUUAACCUUGAACGAAUCAUUAGAGAACAAUUCUUGAAGCUAACAGAUCAGGAUAAUAGAUGUCUUCCUUGCAUUAACUCUACCGUUCGUUUCUCCUCUCAGAACAUGCUAGAAGAACUGAAGGAGAGAAUCGAUAUCUUCGGUACCACUGUAUUUUCAAAUGCGUAUGCACCCUAUACCAAAAUGUAUAUUCCAUCUCUUGCACAUGUUGAAGAAACUAUUGAAAUUAGAAUUGAGUUGUUUGAUCAACAUCAAGUAGGCAUUGAGGAAGAAGAAAUGGACGUCCAGGUUUGUCUUGUAGAUCCCAGUGGAAAGGUAACACGAUCCUUGUGCCCGUGUGAGAGAGAGGACGGCGGUCUUCUAAAGACACAAUUUCGUGUGGAUGUGACUGGUAUCUAUAGCGUGGAAGUCUUUAUACAUGGACGGCCAUUUUACACCCAUAGCCAGCAGCUGGACAUUAUAGAGAGACCACUGUCACCUGAUGAUGGUGUUCAAUGCAUUGAUAUUAUGAAAAGUCCCAUUCCUGAUUUAGUUCUGUCACAAGAUGACAUGAAGCCUUUGACUUCUCCAAGGAAACCCAUCAAUUCAGGUUCAUCCGGAUUAGAGCGCUACCGAAUGACCUAUACCUGUCCCCCUUUUCAUCUUGAUGAGUCAACUUUACACAAGAACUGCUACAUUUCUCGAAAUAAGCUGAUAAUUUCCAACACAUCUACAGCGGUAUCGCAGUAUCAGACGACCCUUAUCAACAAGGGCAGCGUGUACAAUGGAAUUGCCGGCUCCAUCUGGUUCUUUUCUCCUUGUGCAGCGUAUUUUGAAGUCGAAAUAAAGUAUGACAUCUGGGAAGAUCUUAGUUUCAGUGAUGUCAUAUGUGACGUCAUUAUUACUAAUUUGGAAAUGUCUGACUUUACGUCACCUACUCGACAUCACAAGUUUGGCUGGAGCUUCUCUGUCUUGUUUUGUGAGAAAUGUCACCAGGUCUGCAUUGAGUGCUGGGAUCACGGUCACCUUGUCAGUCAUUUACCUGUCGGUCUUGUAUAUAGGAAGUCUUCCCUGAGAAAAGUAAUCGGGAUAUUCGUGGAUGAUACAAAUGGCUGUAUAUCCAUCGUGGACACAACAGAGUCGGAUCUCAUCGUACGAUUUGAUGACGUCAUGUUUGAAAAACCUCUUUGGCCCGCUUUUUGUCUACACCCUUCAGGGAAAUUUACUGUUGAAUUAAAAAUAAGAACUGGUCAACAAAUUAACAAAAUCCCGUCUCAUCUUUUACCUGUUUGACAGGUGUAUAAGGCAUUUAAUGCACUUGAUACAUGUUUAGUGUUAAUAUAAUACUUAAAGCACUCGAUAAAUGU